CUUGAAUCAUCUGCUUGAAUCUCUUUCUCUUUAUUCGCAGGUAAGAGCCCAGCUGAACUUCUCCCCGUCUUGGAGCCGACGUCAGAGAAAACUAAACCUGGAACGCAAGCCAAGGGUGGCAAACAGAACCAGCCAUUCCACAAGAUAACCAGCCAAAGUUGCUGUGAGGGAGAGAGAGAGGUACGGCCGAGUAUGAUCACAGAAGAACUUCAACACUUCUCCUUCUCCAUACAAUCUCAGCGAGCUGCUCCACUCUAUAAUAUUGUUUGCUGUGGUCCAGCAGAGCGGUUGCGCAUUGUAUGGCGUAUGCUUCCCACAGAGCUUGGAUUAUCUGGAAUCCCUCGGCCCAGAUUCAGCCAGCUCACACUCCUCCUCACCCUCAUUUUCUUCACUUGGUUUCUUCGCCUUUACCUGCACUACUGCAGCCAGUGGCUCUUCCUUCAUGUUCGAAACGUUCCUGUCAACAGGUUUUGCUUCCAUGCCCACACAGUGGAUUUAGUAUAUCAGAGCUCUCUCCUGCUCACCCUGGAGGAACUGCUGCUGGUGUUGUUGGGGCCCUUGACCUUGAAUGCAGCUAUGUUUCUGUUGCUUCUGAUCAGAUGGCUCUGUCAGCUAGUGUUUGGCUCAACUCCUUCCUUCCUGUCAAAGCUGAUCAUGGCUCUGGGAGUGUGGACAGUGCUUGACCCUCUGGCGGUCUUCACUGUAGACGCUGUCCUUGGGCGUCUGUCUUACAGUGCAGAAAAGCCAGUGGCUGAUGCCGCUAAGCUUUACUGGCACUUCCAUCGCUUGCAGCAGUCAGGCACAGCCGGAAUUCUCAUCACCCUUUUCCUGUAUAUCGUCCUCUUCAUUCUCUCCUUCACCAUGCUCUACAUGUACUUUCUCAGGUCCCAUAAUGAUGGCAGAAUCCUGGAUGUGUACCUUCGUCUCCACAGUCCAGAGAGAGCAUUUUUUAUCCCAGAUGAUUUAGAAGUGUCCAAUCAGGAGCUUAGUUACAUUGUAAAAAAUGCGGAGCAAUGGAGAGGUUUCAAUGGCGAAAGACGAAAGGUGGCAGUGUAUGAUUACAUCUGGACCCAGGAGGUGUCUGGAGGGUGCGAAUCCCCUGGGGCUAUAGCCACUGAAGUGGGUGAGACGAGCACCCAUGUUUCUAUCUACACACUACACCUGAGCGGCCUUCGUCAGCGCUACAGACACUUCCUCAGGCAGCCCACUGGAGCCAUUGUAGAGCUCAUCGGGGAUUUGGACGGUGCCGCUGCUCAUCAGAAUGUCCACUAUCAGAAUACAGGGCAGAAUGAUGUCCAUAGGAGGAUGAAGAAUUCAACAAAUACACUUAGAGAGAGGAGGAGCAAGAAUCCUGCAUGGCGUUGUAACAAAGUUGGACCUCUCAGUGGGAUUGCCUGUGAGCCUAAGGAUCACUGAAGCUGAAGCGAGGCUGCUUUACUGGAGUUAAAACCAAAUAAGAAAAGUCACAAAUACAAACAUUUUUUUUUAAGAAAAUACAUGAGCUAAUGUUUUCAUUCCAAGUUAAAUGUUUCCAUCCUGAAUAAAUAAUGAAAUACACACAUUCUGACCAGGUGUGAGAUACACCUCAGAUAAAACAUACACUGUGCACAAAUGAGCACACACACACAUAAACACACACCCAAACAUGUGUCCGUGUGUAGUGUAUACACUAUUUCUACUUUAUUUUUCAUUUAGUUUCCUUGUAACUGAAAAUCCUGUAGACGCCAUAAAGCUAAA